UAUCCAGGGCCUUCCCAGCGCGCUCUGCGCGCGUGCGGAAGUGGAGCCCGGCUGCGGGCCACGUGUCUGACGAUCAUGGCUCGGGAGAAGUCGCUGGAGCCGGAGGCGGCGCCGGAGCCCGAAGUGGCGCCGGAGCGAUCGUACCAAGAGCUGCUUGGGAACCUGAACCCGAUCGCGCGGCCGCUGGCCUCCCGCAAGCUCACCCGCAAGCUCUACAAGUGCAUCAAGAAAGCGGCGAAACACAAGCAGAUUCGGCGGGGAGUAAAGGAAGUUCAGAAAUUCAUCAACAAGGGUGAGAAAGGGAUCAUAGUCCUUGCUGGAGACACGCUGCCCAUUGAAGUUUAUUGCCACAUCCCUGUCAUGUGUGAAGACAGGUCCCUCCCCUACGCUUACAUCCCCUCCAAGUCGGAUCUGGGAGCAGCUGGAGGCUCAAAGCGCCCAACCUGUGUGAUAAUGAUCAAGCCACAUGAGGAGUACCAGGAAGCAUAUAAGGAGUGUUGGGAGGAGGUUGUGUCUCUUCCUGUCCCCCUGUGAAGGACAUGGGGAGUACCUGCUCUGGAGCUUCUGGACGGCUGGGCCUACAGUGCCCCAGCAACAUUUGGUGGCCUCCGAGGACUUUACAAAAUGAAACGUGAGCUGGUCCUGCAGCUACUUGCUGGGCGCUCAGUGUGCAGGAGAGGGGGCUGCAUGGACCCUGGGCUUUUUACCUUUAACCAAAAAAAAAACCUGUUCUGUAAUUAUUAAGUAGCGCUGCUGAGGAUAGGGCAGAUGGUGACAGACCUUCCCCUUGAAGGGAGUGGGACAGCAGGCUUACUGGACAGGCUAGCAUUCCUGUGGAGGAAGAGUCCAAGCCAUGAGCAGCAAGUCAGACCUGUUCUGUGGUGGAUGAAAUAAAUGUAUUUGUAUACCU